AUGACGACGAGCCUCGAGAACAAGAGCAAUGUGACCAGCAGCAAACAGCCCAACGAGCACUACUACCACCAAUCCAAGCAGCAGACAACUCAGAAUAAUAACCACCACCCCCAGCAGCCCUUCAUCAACACCUCCCCCGCCUCAUCCUCAUCCUCCACCUCAAACCACCAGCUCAACAAGAAAACCAAGCCAGAAUGCUCAGCCCAAAGGCACCCCCAAUUCGACCAGGAGACCCUCAACCAGAUCGAUCGGGUCGAGCUGCAGAGACUCUGGGGCCCUCAUCUAGUCCCACUUCAAUUCGUCAUCCAACGGAGUAUUGCUCAGGUCUUCAGCGAACUUCAGAUAUUGUCUCAGACCACACCAACUCUAGAUGACUACCAUCGCAGAAAACACGUCAUUGACUUUGUCAUCCACAGUCGUCGUCAGCUCAUCAAGCUACUCGUUCUCGUCAAAUGGUCAUCCAACUCUGCCCCUGUCCAUAAAAUAAUGAGUAUCGUCGCAUUCCUGCAACGUCAAAACAGCCAAUUCGAGCGUAAUGUGAAUAUUCUCAAAGCUUCGAAGGAAAAUUUUCAUUCGGCUAGAAUGCGAAAUUAUGAUCUUCCGACUGCUCUGCAAGUUUUAACAAAUGGGUACCCGACCCUCCCAGGACGGCUUAUUGACCAAUUUGACUCCAAACCGAAAUUAUCGGAUUCUGAAGUCAUCAAAAUCAUGCAAGACUUGAACGAGUUGAUCAGAUAUCGGUUAGCUUCAUGCGAGGUCAUCCCGAAAGACUUUCGGUCCUAUCGAAUUUAUGAUGGCAGAGUCGUCUUUAGAAUCGAGAGAAUGUUUGAAUGUAGCCUUACCCUAGGCGGCGGGGAACUAGAUUCCCAAUGGUAUCUAUUACACGUCGAGUUCUUAUUCCGAGUCACCGGCCCCCGAGGAAAAGACUUCAUGAGCAUUCCCCAAGGCCCAGUCAAAAAUCAAAUCAUCGAGUGUGGAAAUAGGACGAUGGCUCCCAAUACUCUGCCCACAGAGUCGGAUCCAGAUCCUAAACCCCCUGAACGGCCUAUAAUGAAACUGUUUGCUUACCUUCGCGAUCUUUGUCUGAAUUAUCAACUGGAGGCAUUGCAUUACCAAGCAAGUCAGCUCGGCAGGUCUGCUUGGGCUACCCACACUAGACUCUUGAUCUCACCUGAUCGGGGUAAUCUGACCAUAAUGUAUUGGUUACACGCUCGACCUGUACCCACUAUAGUCCCUCGACCUGGUCAGCAGCCUUCCAAGAAUCCCCCGCAACCCACCCCACAGGGCACUCUCACUAUUAGGCGGCAUGUUGAGCGACAUAGCCCAAGCCGAACGCGUGCGUUAGAUUUCUUAAACGGGUACCCACUGAAAGACAAGCUGUCACCAGAUGGACAAGAUGGUGACUUUGGCGCCAGUCACACCGAGCGAUUACAAGUAUUAUGGAGGCCAAUCGAACUUACAAAUCAAGCAGGCUCAGUCACGCAGGAGACCUUGAAGGGCUUGAAGAUCCGACAGGGAGAUGAGGUGGAUUUUUUGAAAAGCGAAGCCGGACUGAUCGAGCUCGAAUUGACAAUGUCCGAACUCUGCUUGGAAAGCAUUAUUCAACGAGCUGUCCGUGUUCACACAGAUUGUACUCUGAGGCGGGCCUUUUCGGACUUGACACGACUAGAGCGGCCAGCAGGCGGUUCUUCAACGCAUGCCGUUCCCUACUUUAGCUCAGUACGGCUGAUACCUUGGGAGGGUUCUAGCAACUCAGAGCGUUUUGCGAAGUCAAUUGAGGUCGGUCUACAUGCGCGGCAUGCCGUUGAAGUCUUAAUCGAUCAAUUUUCAGGUCGGUUCAGAUUGCAAUCAGUCACCCAUCCUUACCGGCCGAAUGAAGAUGAUAACGACUCGGUACACAGGCUGGGAGGUGGCUGCUUUAGUGGCUAUAAUCCGUUUAGGCUCAGCCAGUCUGCAAAUAAAAUCAAUCUGAAUCCAGGUGGACUGAGGGAUGUUCUUGUCCGUUUAAAAUCAGAUAUCUUACUCGAUCAAAUUGAGUUCAAAGCUCGACUAUUAGGGAUUCGAACAACGCGAAACUUGCCGAUUCAACUACAGCUUCUUUCGAUGCCUUCAUACUUAUCAUCUCCAACAACGAUUCCACAGCAUAUAUUCCAAUUAACACUGUAUUGUAGAUUAUCCAAUUUUCCGCAUCAUUAUUUGCUGAUCAUGGUCACCGAGCAUGGUAUUCGAUGUGCCCUGAUCAUCGUCAAUCAGGAUCGAGACGCCCAACCUAGCAAUAAGGGCGGAAGUAGUAUGUUUUGGAAUGUCAACUCAGUCUCAGCGGUUGAAGUUCCUACUUUUGUUGACGAUCUGGAUGAAGACGGCGGGGUGUUGGAUCAGUUUACACUGAGCCGGACGCAGUUUCAAUACGUUUAUCACUAUUGCCUAGUUCAAGUCACACUAAGUCAACUCAAGGCUCAGUUGAGGCGGAAUGGAAUUAGCUAUGAACAAAUGUUACCGUUAACAACCGAGAUAAUCAAAAAACAAUACCAGGAGCACCGGAAUCAGCGAUCUAAACUGAUAAGAAAACCACCCCCACCAUCGAUCAAACUGCCCGAAUUUCACCCGGCAUUCGAAGUGAACGGUUUGUUGAGCAUCCCCCUCCAAGGAAUCAUCAAACCCACGUUCUUCCAUAGUGAUCAUCAACUUGAGCAAAAGGAUAUCUUCGCUGGUAACAAUCUGGCAGUUGCAGUCUUCCUUCAACCAGAUUCCCACUUCGGUGUCCAAAUUGAAGUCCGCUUCAAAUUCAAUUCCGACAAACUCAAGGCUGAUGAACUCGAAAAGAUUAUCAAAUCCAAAGAGAAAACUCUCAACUCAAAAAUCGUGUCGGAGUAUUUAAUGAAGCAAUCCAAAUCCAAAUCCUCAAACUUACGGAAUCUUGGACGGCCGCCCCAAGGCAAUGAAGAUGACGAUGACGAUGAAGAUGAGGAACCGCUAUCGAGAAGGACACAGACAACGCGUCCCAAACCCGUCUCGCCAGUAGCGGUGAAUCCAGUCGAGCAGUCAUCACCAAAGGAAUGCCCCGAUCUGGAAGAAGAUCCCGAUGACCAACUCGUCGAUUCUGACUCGUGGUCAAUCGAUCCUCACUCAAGCCAAUUUGUCAUCCGCUUCCAACACUUCAAUCAACGGAUCGAUCAGAUUUAUCUGCUCUCAAUCCAGAAAUUCUUCAAGCUAAUCCAUUCUUCUGCCACUUCCGUGCCUUGA